AUGUCUCACCAGAGAAAGCAGCCCACCCCCCAGCCCCCAGUGGGCUUCGGGAAGACCUCCGGCGGCGGCGGCGGCGGCGGCGGCGGCGGCGGAGGUGGAGGUGGAGGUGGCGGUGGCGGCGGCUGUGGCUUCCACAGCGGCGGCGGUGACGGUGGCUGUGGCUUCCAUAGCGGCGGUGGCGGUGGCUACUCGGGCGGCGGCGGCUCCAGCUGUGGCGGAGGCUCCGGUGGGGGCGUCAAGUACUCCGGUGGCGGCGGCGGUAGCUCCGGUGGCGGCGGCUCCAGCUGUGGCGGCGGCUACUCCGGCGGCGGCGGCUCCGGCUGUGGCGGCGGCUACUCCGGCGGCGGCUCCGGCGGCGGCGGCGGCGGCGGCUCCGGUUUCUGCGGCGGCUCCUCCGGCGGCGGCGGCGGCGGCGGCUCCUCAGGGGGCGGCGGCUGCUUCUCCAGCGGCGGCGGCAGCUCUGGCUGCGGAGGUGGUUCCUCCGGGGGCGGCGGCGGCUCCAGCUGUGGCGGUAGCUCCUCAGGGGGUGGCUCCGGGAGUGGCAAGGGCGUCCCGGUCUGCCACCAGACCCAGCAGAAGCAGGCACCUACCUGGCCAAGCAAAUAA